AUGGAAACCAGGAGGCAAGGUCUCCUACGGUCUGAGAAGAAGCUCGAUGAUAAUGAACAGGGUAGCGUUCCCAACCCAACCAGUGGAAUGCAUGAUUCCACUCGUUUACAUCACGAAAGACAACUCAUGCCCCAUUUGAUUGAAGAGUUCCUUCGAGCGGUUAAAGAUCGUAAGAUCGAGGUUAUUGAAUCAUGGCUAGAAAGGAUGGAUGUCAACUAUACUCGUCCGGGUGAUAGAGCUGUCGUCGACUCGACCUGGACAGGCGGAAGAUCUGAGCUUGGCUGGGCGGUUUGUCGAGGACAUGCCGAGAUGACUGAGCUUCUCUUGAAGUAUGGCUCCAAUCCAAACGCCGCUAAUAGCGCGGGGCGUACUCCGCUUCAUCAUGCCUGCAUGAGGCUUGACUUCAGAAUUGCAAGGAUUCUGCUUGAGAACGGAGCAGAUGUCAAUCACAAAAGUUUUCACGAUGUAUUUCCCCUGACCUUCCUUCCAAUGCAGCGACAUCUGUCUAAUCUUGAAAAGGGUUGGGCACCAAUCCACGAAGUACUCAUGCGCGGCCACACGGGCUUUCUCAGAAUGCUCCUUGAGUAUGAGCCCCUACUUGAUGCCCAGGUAGAUAGGAACAAAGAAGCCCCGUUACAUGCCGCUGUCUUUAAGAAAAGCUCUAAACUUCUCAAGAUGCUCUUAGACAAAGGGGCGAAUCCCGAUAUUGGAAUGGCGGAGAAUAUUACCCCCUUGCACCUUGCUGCUACCGCAGGCUGGGUCGAGGGGAUCCACAUCCUUGCAAGUUCAAACGCCACGAUUGAUUGCAAAGACUUGUUUCUUCUAGAAACACCGCUUCAUAAAGCUGCACGAAACUGCCAAUUCGAAUCGUGCCUUCAUUUAAUCAAUUAUGGUGCUUAUGCUCAAGAACGAAAUAUAGACGAUCAGGAUUACCAGUCUAUUUUGUCCCUUGCACGAGAAUAUCCAGACGAUUGGCGAGUAGAUCCCAAUAGGGGCUACUUUCUCCAAUCACGGUAA